AUGCUCAAAAACCAAGGCUAUGGUUAUGGAGUAUACUGGUAUCUUUCGGAUAAGAAUGACCUUGAGCUUCGAGCUCUCGAAAAGAAGGCACUGAAAACUUUGAUGAAUCAUGUGGCUAGCUUUAACAGCGCCAAUGGAGAUAUUAAAACACUAGUCGGAGUCGAUGUCGCCAAUGAGAACUCGGUCACGCAUAUCCACGGAGUAGGCGAUACUGUUUACCACAAUCCUGCCACCUGGGGUGCAUACGUCAACUUUUCCUCGCAAGCCGCUUUUGUCGCCCGUACCGAGUGGGAGUAUACCGUGAAUUUGGCCAAUGGAAUUAAGGAGUCUAAUUAUCCUGUCUGGACGCGAUUGAAUACAUUCACGACUGCGGAGGAAAAGUCGAUUGACUACAAUGAGGAAAUGAGAGUAUCCGGUGGUACGAGUUUGGAUUUCGUGGGACUCGAUCCUUAUUCCACAUCCACAAGCACCCUUUAUAGCUAUGGUCAUCAACAGACUGUUGUUGGUACCUCGGAUGAAAAUUGGGCUGAGGGCUCUAAUCUACCUAUGGUCAUGGAGAACUCUGGUGCCGUUUCAAGCGCUGAAUCAUUGCUUCUUGCUUCACUGGCCGGUGGAGCCUUCUACAAUGUCUAUGAGUACAUGGGCCCUGAUAAUUUUGGCUUGUAUUAUCCGAAAGAUACAUCCACCGAUGACUUCACUCCGGUGGCACGCGGCACAUACGUUGCUGAUGUCGUCAAGACCAACAAACUACUCAAGAGCUUGGCUCUCGAUCUAUCCACCAAAAGGCCUAGUGGCGCCAAUGGAACUAGGCUGGUAUAUUUCAACCCUUUCAGCAACAGUACCUCAACUCAAGGCAGAAUUUUGACCUUUGCAACUUCAUUCACCGGUAACUCUACCGGUACUGUUGGACUUGCAAUUGUUCGAAGUGACCACACUAUUUUGUUGGCUAGUACUCGCGACUCAACAUUCAGUAUUUCUGGCAUUGUCGACUAUGGCAUUGAAGCUGUGGAGUAUGGCUACUACACAGCGGCGGGUAACUUUGUGGCUAAUGGCACUCAAUCAUAUAUCGCUAAUGCUACUGGCAUCUCCGUUGAUGUUGCCCAAGGCCUGCUUGUACAUAUUCAAACCAAGGAUGCCUUUUUCGCUGUGAAAUGA